AUGGGUAGACGACCAAAUAUUCAACACACGGAAAAACAACUUCUUCAACAUAAAGUAAAUGUUCUUUCAAAAAUCGGACAAGAACGUAAUCAAUAUGGAUAUUCACGAUUUAAAGAGAGAGAUUUAUGUGAUGCAGAAAAACCAUCCAUGUAUUUACGAUACAAACAUUUAUAUAACAAUGAUAUGGCACAGGAGGAAGAUGACAUUUUCAAAAAUUCUAUCGAUUCAAAGGAUAGUUUCCUGAAUGAAAUUAAUGAUAAAAAACAAGAGGAGGAACAAGAUGAUUUCUUUAUCGAUCCCGAGACUGUCAGUAAAAAGAAACAGAAGAAACUUUCCAAGAUGAAAUUUAAACAAUGUGAGGAGAAGAGAUUUACAUCAUCGGAUGGUGAAGUAAUUUCAUUUGAUACUAAUACUGAAAAAAGUAAAAAGAGAAGGAGAGAAUAUGGAGAACAUGUCAUGACACCUUCUAUAGAAUUACAGAGAAAAUUGGAUCCAAAGCAUUUCAAGGAAAAUGUUAAUUUCAUUCCAAUACCAGAAAAGUCAAAUAGAUUGUUGAAAAAGAAAAAGAUACAGAAUGUUAACACUAAUAAGGAACAAGUCAAUCAUGAUGAUUCUAAUGAUGAAUAA